AUGGGAAGGGAGAAAAUCCACAUCAACGUGGUGAUAAUUGGCCACGUGGACAGUGGCAAGUCAACCACCACGGGCCACCUCAUCUACAAAUGUGGCGGCAUCGACAAGAGGAGACUUGAGAAGUUCGAGACCGCUGCAGCCCAGAUGGGCAGGAGUUCGUUCAAAUACGCCUGGCUGCUGGACAAGCUGAAAGCCGAACGGGAACGAGGGAUCACCAUCGACGUGUCCCUGCUGAAGUUCAGUACGCAGAGGUACAGCAUCACUAUGAUCGACGCGCCGGGUCACCGUGACUUCAUCAAAAACAUGAUAACGGGAACAACUCAGGCUGACGUUGCCCUGUUGGUGGUGUCCGCAGCCAAAGGCGAGUUCGAGGCCGGCGUCUCGAGGAGCGGGCAAACCAGAGAGCACGCCUUGCUGGCUUACACGCUUGGUGUAAAGCAAAUGAUCGUGUUGGUCAACAAAAUGGAUUUGACCGAGCCGCCAUACAGCCAGAAGCGUUUCGAGGAGGUGGUGCGAGGCGUCGGCGUCUUUCUCAAGAAGAUCGGCUAUGCCACUGCCUCUGUGCCUUUUGUCCCCAUCUCUGGCUGGAAGGGGGAGAACAUGAUCAGCCCCACCCAAAAUAUGGCCUGGUACAAAGGCUGGAGAGUCAAACAAAGGGGAGGCUAUGCGAGUGGCAGAACUCUACUGGAAGUCCUGGACUCCGUUCAGCCUCCGGUGCGCAACAUGAACAAGCCCCUACGCCUGCCUCUGCAGGAUGUCUACAAAAUUGGAGGAGUGGGAACGGUGCCUGUGGGUAAAAUUGAAACCGGGAUCCUGAAGCCUGGCAUGACCCUGAUGUUCUCCCCUGCCAAGCUCACAGCUGAAGUCAAGUCGAUUGAAAUGCACCAUCAGGGUCUGGGCAUGGCCCUGCCAGGGCACAAUAUCGGUUUCAACAUCAAGAACGUGUCUGCAAAGAACCUCCGCCGUGGAGAUGUGGCUGGCAAUGCCAAGGAAGACCCUCCCACAGACGCCACCAGUUUUGUUGCUCAGGUCAUCAUCCUGAACCAUCCAGGGAAGAUCAAGGCUGGCUACUCUCCGGUCCUCGACUGCCACACUGCACAUGUGACCUGUUGCUUUGCCGAGCUGAAGGAGAAGCUGGACCGGCGAACAGGGAAAAAGCUGGAGGACCUUCCACAGAUACUGAUGUCCGGUGACUCCGCUACAGUCAAACUGGUUCCCAAGAAGCCUCUCUGUGUGGAGAGCUUCUAUACGUAUCCUUCCCUGGGUCGCUUUGCAGCAAGGGACCUCAAGCGGACUGUUGCUGUAGGUGUCAUCAAGUCUGUGGAGAAGGCCCAAGGAUCCAAGCUUAAACAGCAUGCAUAAUGAAUGAAAGGGUUUGGUUAAAAACCUUGUGGAAUUGUAACACAUUUGUUUAAAAGCAGUUUUUGAGUCCUGAAAAAUUGGAAAUGUCAUUUUGGUUUACUGAGAACUGUAAAAGCUUUAAAAUAAGGGUUCUCAUUGAGGCUUCGGUGUACAAAGGUUACUUUCAUAUGUUGGU